CAGUGGUUCAAGGAGGCACUGCCUCCUUGCAUCUUACCGUGCCAAAUCAUCCACACUGAUGAUGAUUUGACGCAGAUUACCUGGCAGAGGACAACCAGAGAAAAACCUCAUAAUGACAAUUUUAUCACUGUCCAACCAAGGGAAGGACCACGGUUUGUCAAUGGACAGGAUGAUCGAUUUAAAUAUAUCGGGAAUUUUAACAACAAAAAUGCAACUCUCCAGUUAUCCAGUGUUGCACUGAAGGAUGAAGGCAGCUACACGUGCAUCUUCACAUUGUUUCCCAGUGGAAAUCAAAAGACUGAGAUUCCCCUAAUAUGCCUCCUUUCACAAACAUCAAGGACAGUCUUCCCACUUUGGGCACAGAAAAGGUUUUAUUUGCUACCUGCACGGCUGCUGACUCGAGGCCUCGCCGAGGUGAGGUGGCUCACUGAUGCUUUGGGAGAAAAAGUUAGGAUGACAACAAAUUCCACACAGUAUGACAACGGUACGACUACCACAGUCAGCUCUCUGUUUGGUGUUCCUACGAGAGAGAUUAACGGUCACCAGGUCCAGUGUGUCAUCAGCGGUGACUCCCUGUCUAAAGAAGAAACCCUGCCCUUCACCAUACAGGUCUACUUCUCUCCCACAGAAGUGAACAUCAGAGCAAAAUCUGAGGACUCAUUUGAGUGUGUGACAGAAGCCAAUCCAAGUGCAAAUUUUACAUGGAGCAGGAGCAUGCUCUGCUGCUGGGGUCUUAUUUGGUGUUUUGCUUUUCCUGAAUGUUGUUGGGGCUGCAGCAUGGUACUUUUAUAAACAUGGAUGUUUUCAAAGUAGGAGGUCUUUAAACCAACAUGGUGGCAAGCAGCAUGACACAAAACAUCUGGGAGUGUGAGAAACAAAGAUCACGGACCAGAGGAAGAAGACCUACAGAGAGAUCAAGAGGAAUCUCUCUGACAGCAAAGAUGAACAUUAUUUGGACUGAAGGCUCCACCAACAUGUCAUUUUAAAGUCAGCUGGUAAAGAAACAGAUCAACAGUCGCCUGAAGGCUCUCCUUUGGCUGAAACUCCUCUGUGCUGCCUCCAUGUCUGCAAUCCUGGGUCCUCAUUCACCACACACCAUCAAAACAGAGAGCUGCAAUCUUUUGGAAGAUUGAAACAAACAACACAGCUUUCAAGAACAACUGCCAACAGCUACCACAGGAUGGCAGUAAUGUAAAGGAUGGAUUCAGACAGACCUUUAACUCCAUACACUCAACUCAGUUGACUGAUUCAUAACACAGAUUGGUCAAAUGGCUCCAAUGACUCAUGCCAUCCUUCAGCAGUGACAACAGUGCACUGGAGAGGAAACAACAUAACUACAGACAGGAAUUGCCACCUUAUCAUGGUGGAGAGGUUUGUAUGCCCUAGUUAUCCCAGGAACUAUGCUGUCAGGGGCAAUUUGCCCCUCAAGGCAAAUCGUUCACGGGUGAGCAACCGGAACAAGUGAAAUUUAACAGACUUCUUUGAUGAAAAAUUCAAAAAUGGUCCAACGACCAUAUCUCAGUUACUAUGGCUCCAACCUGGACCCAGGCUCAGGCAAGGGGCUUGUUGAGAGUCACCUCUGUAGUACAUGGCCCCUGACCAGGCUUAGCCCAAAGGAGCCACAUCGGGCAAGAUCAUCUGAUGAAGGAUCUGUGGUGGUCCAGUGUAAUGUGGAUAAAACGUAGAGGCCUUGAUGGACCAAUCCCCAGUUGCUAGUUUGUGCUAUACUGUGACAAGUGUCCCCUUUUUAAAAUUUUAUUUUAUUAUUAUUAUUAUUCAGCAGUUUGCUUUAUUGUUAAACAUUGUGAUAAGGAAAGAGUUAUACUCUAAAUGUACUGUGACAUUAUCUACAGUUUUUGAUAACUAAGCUAGUUAGAGUCACUGCUUCCCCUUCCAGAAACUGCUCCAAAAUGUAAAAGGCUAACUAGCAAAUUUCACUGUUGUUGACACAAAAGCUUUCAUUG